UUGACAGCAUGAGAAUCUUGACCUCUUCUCUUUACUCAGUAGAUCAACAAUGGAGGACAGAAAAGCAUACAUAAUUGCUGUUUCGUUGGUUUCCGUUCUCACCAUCACUAUCGUCGUUGCUCGUAUCUCAUUAAAGCUGUCCAAGACAUUUUUCUUAGUGUGUGGAGCUAAUAUUGCGGCCAUCCUUGCUGUUUUUUCGUUUCUUGUAAUCAGAAGAAGAUACAAUAACCGGAGAAAACUGUUGGAAACCCAGCUUGUAUCAGAGGGGCGGGAGCUACGAAUUGAGUACAGUUUUCUCAGGAAAGUAGCUGGAGUUCCAACUAAGUUCAGGUACAAGGAACUUGAAGAAGCAACGGAUGGUUUUCGAGCACUAUUAGGACAGGGGGCGUCAGCUUCCGUGUUCAAAGGAAUCUUGAAUGAUGGUACCCCGGUCGCGGUGAAGAGGAUUGUUGGAGACGACAAGGGCGAAAAGGAGUUCAGAUCAGAAGUUGCAGCUAUUGCCAGUAUCCAGCAUGUAAAUCUUCUUCGACUUCUUGGCUAUUGUAGCGUACCAUCAGGGCCCCGUUUUCUCGUCUACGAGUUUGUGUACAACGGAUCAUUGGAUAAUUGGAUAUUUCCAAGGAGGGAAACUCACGGCCGGCGGGGUGGUUGUUUGUCUUGGGACAUGAGGUGUAGAGUUGCACUUGAUGUAGCGAGGGCACUUUCUUAUCUACACCAUGAUUGCAGGUCUUGCAUUUUGCAUCUCGAUGUGAAGCCGGAGAAUAUACUCCUCGACGAGAGCUAUCGGGCACUCGUGUGCGAUUUUGGACUCUCGAAGCUAAUGGGAAAAGAAGAAAGCAGAAUUGUCACGACGAUUCGGGGAACCAGAGGCUAUCUGGCCCCGGAAUGGAUCUUGGAGAAUGGAGUAUCUGAAAAAUGCGAUGUUUAUGGUUUCGGCAUGGUGCUGCUGGAGAUUAUUGGAGGGCGAAGAAGUGUUUGCACGAUUGAGGACGAAAACGAGAGAAGGAAGAAAAAGUUUGAGUGUUUUGCGAAAAUUGCGAUUGAGAAACUGAGAGAAGGGAAGCUGAUGGAGAUAGUUGACCGGAGAUUGGUGCUAGCAGGAGGAAUAGAUGAGAGGCAGGUGAAGAGAUUGGUUUGCAUAGCAUUGUGGUGUAUUCAGGAUAAGCCUAAGGUCAGGCCGAGUAUGGGGCUUGUGGUGGAAAUGCUGGAAGGCCGAGUUCCCGUGGAUGAGCCGCCUGAAAAUACCCAAUUUCUCAUUGCUGACUUGUUAUCAGCUGAAGAUGGAGAGUCAACGACGCCUGACCGUGGCAGGCUUUUUGCUGCAAUGGAUAAUGCAAUCAUCCCAUCAACAGCGGGCUAUUCUUUUUCAAUAUCAGUUCUUUCAGGACGAUAACGCUACUGAAUCUUGCCGCAGCUGGUUCCUUUUACUUUCUUUACACAGAUUCAUUGACACAGGCAUCUUUUUUCGUGUGAAGUGCAUUGACAGACGCUCUGAAUACGUAUACUUGCACCUUUUUUUUUUUUUGGGAUUCAGGCCAUCAUUUGACCGAGUAUAGUGUACUUUACUUGCUCCAGUUCUUGAAGAGGUACAAAUUUUAUAUGAUCAUUCAUCGUCGUGCACUUACUGUCGGACUCCGGUGUAAAAAAUGGACGAUAAAACGAAACAAUUCUCUGAUUUGACUUGUAACUAAGAAAAGUUCAUGCCGAGGAUUGCUAUUUGGUCUGGUGUUUACCUCCAUAUGGUAUUGGUAUGAUGUGAUCCCCAAUUGAUUUUAGUGUUGCAA